AUGGAACCCUCCUCGCAAUCUCUGGCAAUUGAAAGUUUCUCCCACAGUUGGCUACUAACAAGUGUGAAUUCCUCCUCCUCCUCCUCCUUGGAUUGUUUACAAGCCUCGCUCAGACCAUCCAUUGAUGGGUUUUACGAUCCAAACUCCAAACAACUGGAUUACAACAUGCUGCGCCCCAGAAGAUCAACAGCAGAAGAAGAAGAAUCACACAAGUUCUGUUUCGACAUUCCAGCCUGCCGAGGAACAACGGUUGCCCCAGCCGACCAGCUUUUCUCCCAUGGAGUCAUCAAGCCUUGUUGUCUCUACAACGAAUUAGAAUCACACACGUCGACGCCGCCGCCCGCUCCUCCUCCUCCUUCCUCUGCCUUGGGCGCCGCCAACAAGAGGGCGGUUUCUGCGGUCAACAUCCAGUGUCAAGUCCUGGGAAGAUGGAGGAAGCUGUCUGGCCGCGUCCUGUUGAACUACUUCCGGCGUCUGAAGUAUUCGUGGGUACGGAGCUCCAGCUCCAGAAAGUGUAUAAGGGCGGCGGAUGAUGCUGCUGCUGACAGAAGAAUUCUGCAAGUUUCACCAAGAAGAAGCAGCACGGCUUGUUCACCGGAUGAUGGUUGGUCCGACGCUGAUUCCUCUAUCUACGAGGCAGUCCUUCACUGCAAAAGGUCAAUAGGUAAAUACUCUGAAUUGAAUACACACAUUUUACACCAAAAUUUGAUGAAGCUGGAACCCAUUUCUAAGCUACACGUAAUUAAUUCCACCAUUGUUUGUAUAUGUUCAUGGACUGGAAAAUUGCUCGUAAACUAA